AUGUUCUUUGAAUAUGGAUUCCCUCAAGACCGGCGCGAGAUAGCCCCUGACAGCCCAGAACGUUUCCAUGAAAGGGCUGUCGUCGGAUUGGUAGAAGGCCACUGGCUUGAUGCUUGUAACCAACCAAUCAAUCAAAAACUGAUGAUGGACUCCUCAAACCGGCCUGUGCCUGCGAACCACAUCCUUCUCUGCGAACCCAGCCCAGUGGACAACAUCAACUCAUGUCUACCAAGAGCUGGGACGGCUUUCGAACGUGGUCUCGAAAGCCAGCCGGAGCACGAGGCUUUACGCUCAAUAGCUGAAAACGGCUGGAAGGUCGUCUACAAAGUCAUGAGGGCUAGGUUCGGCGUCAAAGGCUUCGAGGUCGUAUACGCCUUUGAUGACAACCAUCCCUUUGGACUCGACCUCCCCGUCGGUCACCGUCCCUGUACCAGGCUAUCAGGCCAGCCGCCCAGGAGGAAGAAGGUCAAGACGAGCGCAUCUGGGGGCACCAGCGAGGUUGGGAUAGCUGAUUUGACUUUGAGUCAAUCCCACAACGUCUCCAACGGGGCUACCCCUCCCGCCCCUCGAGCUCAAAACCAUUCCUAUUCGACCCUUACACCGGCAAGCGGAUCCAAUAUCAUCCGCCAGUACUCCCAGUCCACCCAUCCAUCAUCAACCAAUCCCCCCUCCAGCCGCCUAGUCUCUCCCACGCGCCCCAAGCAGUCUCAGUGGCACUCUGCGCAGUCACUGCUCACGUGGUGGCUCGCGCACAACAAACUAUCCACUGCCCAUCUCUCAGCAGCCCAAAACUCGAUCACCGAAUUCCUCAGCAGUCUCUCACCUGCCCUGACCCCCUAUGGCACUCAUUUCAAGUGGCUCGGCGUCCAAUCUCCCGUUGAUCUCCUGGGCUUGAUCGAUUCUGGUGGCGAGGAGGAACUCGAGGUGUUCUUGGACGAGAUUGAUGUGCUUGUGGGAUCGGUGCUAGGGGUGAAGGGGCCAAGAAUGAAAAUGUGA